AUGAUCAUUUGGAAUCUAAAACUAGGCAUUAAAGGGAAUUUUAUCUCUAUUUCAAUCACAGAAAAGCUUUUGUCCAAACCAAAGGCUGUUAGUUUAAUGCAACAAACAAAUUUGUUGUUUUUGUUGACAAGUUACACUUACAAGUCCAUUACUUUGUUAAGCUCACUGUUCUUUUUGCAUUCAUACAAACCGUAUACGCAUGAUCUUAGUCACAAUCUAACCGUUCACUCUGAUGUUAUACCGAAAAUGAUGCUAACUUGUGUCUUUUCGUUAAGACUAUAUUUAGUAAGUGGUCCAUUGCAGUUGUAUUUGUGUUUUAUGACUUGUUUUAUAAUAGCGAAAUUUCCCAAAAACCACCACGUGGACUCUGAAAGAAGUAGAGGUAGUAAGCGGAAUAACACUGUCCAUGUAAAUAGACGUCCGAAUGCGCAUAAGUCAUGUUCUAAAAAUAAAAUUCUUUGUGAAAUACCUGGAAAGGCUUAUCAUUUUGGUCGUCGCAGAGGAUAUUUUGGCAGAAGUCCUCAUUUCAAUCAUACGACGCCAUCUAGGAAUUUAUCUACGCUGGUUACAACUCUUGGCCGUUUUAAAGCUAACUUUAAUAAAAUUUAUUUUAAAACUGGUGCACAAUUGAAUAUAAAAUGUUUGUUGCACAAUAUUUUCUGUGAUAAAUGUGCAAACUUUUUAACCCGGUUAAAGUACCGUUUUUAUAACAAAUUGUCAUCCCAAUUCACUAAAUUAAACACCAAUGCCAUAGUAGCGUACUUUGUAAUGCGUAGUCCCGACUCCCAAAAGAUAUGCGUUUUUCUUAUUCUUUCAUCUAGAGCAAUCCUAACUCUUUCAGCAAUUGCAUGUGUUUGUGCUUACAAUUUUGUCUCGGAAUUGGUAGAACAAUUAGCAAGGUAUGCAGCCCGCCGUAUGCCGAAAAAUAUUAUUCUGAAUAAACAGGUAUUCUUCAAAAUUGCUUAUCCUAUAAGCGCAGUUGGUCAUUUCAUCUUUUGUCUAAGAUUAAAAAGUCUGGACAUUGAUUUGAAUAGACAAUAA